AUGUCUCAGGAGAACAAAGUGAAAUCUGAGGCUUUGGCUUCCAAGGCCAAGUCCAAGAAGCGAUCCCGCGAGGACGAUGGUGGCCGCCGGAAGAAGAGAAAGACUGGCUACGAGCAGGAUGAUAGCCUCUUAGACACCGAACUUGGCGUCAACACCGGAGUCGCUUUGAUGGACCCUCAGCUCAUGGCCGACCACCUCGCACAGAGAACGACCAGGUUCGGCACGGACCUGAGCUCGGUCGAAUUGGCGGAUCUCUAUAUCUCACCAAGCUCUAUACAGGACACUACCUCGUGGCAGGAGCCCAGGACUCUGGCUAAAUUGCCCGAGUUUCUGGAGAAGUUCUCAAAGGAACCCCAGACUCUGAGCAAGGCGCCCAAGCAGAAGGGCGCACCUCACACGAUCAUCGUGGCUGGGGCCGGAUUGCGAGCCGCAGACGUCGUUAGGGCUGUGAGGAAAUUUCAGUCCAAGGACAACUCGGUGGCCAAGCUGUUUGCCAAGCAUAUCAAGAUCGACGAGUCCAUCAAGUAUCUUCAGUCGCACCGUACAGGGCUUGCAGUAGGAACCCCGCAGAGGCUGAUUGACCUCGUUGAGAACGGCGCGUUAUCGUUAGACAAGCUCCAACGGCUUGUGAUCGACGCAUCGCACAUUGACCAGAAGAAGAGAGGCAUUCUCGACAUGAAGGAGAUCACGAUGCCGCUGGCCCGCUGGCUAGCGAGGCCCGAGAUCAAGGAGAGAUACGCAGCUGAGGACAAGCCCCUACACCUGUUGUUCUAUUAG